AUGCUUGCUCUCAUCAACUAUCGGCUACGAGUGACCCUGAAUGACUCGCGAACUUUGACCGGACAGAUGCUAGCAUUCGAUCGACAUCUCAACCUAGUCCUAGCUGAUUGCGAAGAGUUUCGAUUCAUCAAACAGAAGAAGAAGAAAGGUCUUCCAGCCAAUUCAAAUGCCGACGAGAAUGAAGAACUAGAGAUGAAGAGGGCACUCGGCUUGGUUAUCCUUCGGGGAGAAACUAUCGUCAGUCUCAGCGUCGAAGGCCCUCCGCCAGCAGUUGCCGACGAGAAAGGACCGACGAUCGCCCCUGGUCGAGGAGCUGGCGUUCCCGCUGGACGUGGAGUUGGUCUUGCCCCACCGCCCGGUGCCCCACCCCCAAUGAUGCGAGGACAACCAAUGUCUUUCCCUCGUCCAGGUGGUCCGCCUCCUGGCAUGCCUCCACCUGGCAUGGGAAUGCCACCACCUGGCAUGGGCAUGCCACCCCCACCAGGUUUCAAUCCAAGGGGCCCACCUUUCAUGGGUAAUGCGCCCCCAGGCUUCGGCCCUCCCGGUCAAGCUCCCCCUCCCGGCUUCCACGGUGGACAAUCUUUCCAGUAG